AUGAUCGGAUCGUAUCCUGCCAGUCUGGAGGUCCAGAAGCUGUCCGUCGGCAAACUGAUUUCCAGCUUGCUGUUUGGCUGGGGUCUCUUCUCCAUGGUCCUGGCUGGUGCAAAGAAUUUUGGGACCAUCUUCGCCAUGAGGUUCCUCCUGAGCAUCUCCGAGUUCGACAUCGGUAUCGCGGUGGGACUUGGUAGCGUCACAAACACGGCUAUUCGCUCGUGGCAACUCGUUUUCCUGCUAAUAUCAAUGUCUGCUUUAUCUUCACUCCCAUCCUUCAAGUCCACGAGACUCACAGAUGGACAGGUCGUUGGAUGGAUCGCCGUCGUCCUUAAUAUGAUCUGCUUCUUCUUUUUGCCAUCUGGUCCCAGUGACGCAAAAUUCUUGACUCGAGAAGAAAAGCUUGCCGCGCUUUGGCGCAUUGCGAGGAAUCAGACUGGCAUCAAGCAUGGCAAGGUCCUCAAGUAUCAAAUCUACGAAGCGCUGCGGGACUUCCGGGUCUGGUGCCUCCUCAUGCAACAGUUCACCAUUGGUAUGGCCAGCGGUGCCCUCGCCGGCUAUUAUAGCGCAUUCCAUCGAGGGUUCGGCUGGUCGCCCAUUGAAUCAGUCAGGUAUCAGCUGCCUAUCGGCGCGGUUCAGCUGUUUGCAACCAUCGUUACAGGCUAUCUUGCCUCACGCUACCGCAAUCGCACCAUCAUCAUCAUCCUGGUGCUCGCCAUCUUUGCCGUCGUGGCCACGGUCAGAUUCUACACUAUUCCGGCAGAUCAGAAGAUAGCGCUCACGUCAUGCACUUGGAAUGUGUCGGUGUACGGAAUCGCAAACUUCGCGGGACCUUUUGUUUUUGACCCCAAGGAGGCACCACGCUACCCAUCGGCGACGACUGUUCUGGGCGUGAUGCUUGGCGUAGGCUGGGUGGUCACGGCCGCCAUGGGUAUCUGGAUGUGGAACGGGAACAGGAGGCGUGAUGCGAAAGCCGCGGCGGGCGACCACACCUACGAUCCUUCGAAGGGCAAUAUCGAUGGGUUCACAGACUGCACCGACAAGGAGAAGUCUUCCAGGUACCGCUAUUGCGAAGACGCUGCCCUGCAUGGACGACGGCGUGCGUGCAUGUGUCGUCAAGAGACUGAAAAUGGCAGAGGUCUGUUGGAGAGGACUCUGGAGAUGUGGAGGCGUCCGUGA